CUGAUUGGUUAUUUCUAUGAACACGCAUUUUAUAAACUCGCCUUACAGCAGUAUAGUACUACCACAUUUAAUUAGAAAAUUGUAUAAAUUAAUAGGUACAACAAAAGAUCAAGAAACGUUAGAUGAAUUAGAAUGGAUUCAAGUAGUACGUACUGAGCUGAAUGAAAAUGAUAAUGUCAAAGAGCCGAAAGGAGCAAUACAAAAAUUCAAAGAGAAUCCUUUAGUACCUAUAGGUGCUACGGCAACUGUAGCUGCUCUGAGUUAUGGCUUGUACAAUACUUUUAUAGGAAAUAGUCAAAUGGCGCAAUAUAUGAUGCGUAGUCGAGUUGCAGCACAAGCUUUCACUAUUAUAGCCAUGGUUGGUGGACUCGUAGUUAUGGGAAAAAAAACAAGAGUUAACAAUCCAAUAUUAUGAAUGAUUUUAUUAAGUUCAUUUACACAAAUGUCAAAUGACAAAUCUUUUUGAAGAAAUGCCUAUAAGAUUUUAAUGAAAUGAAUAAUGGUAUGAGAGUAUACCAU